AUGACCCUGGACCAAGCACUGAACCAUCAAUUAGUCGUCGUUUUUCAAACAAUGUUGAACUUGACAAUCAUCAAGACCAUAUUGACCAUGUUAGUGAAUAAUGGACAAAGUAUUGACGAAAGUGAACUAAUAACCAAAAUCAUUGAAGGAAGAGCGAAGAUAAAAUUCGAAGACAAUUUUGAUGAUCAAGAAAGUAGUCCUGGGCAUAUAGUGUUUGAAGAUGACGCUAAAUAUGACGAAAUUAAUCUCAACUACAUCGAUGAUGAUGAAAGGGAUUUACAAAGUUCUGGAAAGCCGAUCACAUUCGAAAAUCAAGACGAUGAUUUCAUUUCUAAUACUAGAAAUCCUGAUCCUGACAAAAAUCCUGCUACUGAACGACUUGUUUUUGCUGACAGGCCAUUCCGUCGGCCAAAGUCCUUGCCUGAGAGAGCAGUUUCGGCAGUGGCGGAGGCAUUGACUUCAAUAGCCCUGUAUGAUGACCAGCAGUGCGUGCCGAAGAUCCUGUGCGAAGUGGCUGGAGGCAGCAGUACGGCUUCAUCACCCAUGCUGCUGAAAGCUUCUGCUAGUUUGCAGCCUUUGCUAUCGUUACUUCAGGCCUACAACGGAGUGAGCUCGUCGCCGCUGUUUAUAUUCAGUCGUGCCGCAAUCAUGGGUUUGACGGCCAAAGGAAACCCUUCAGAAUGUCGCCGUGCUUACCCUCAGUGUCCAAAUGACCCAGAAAAACUAAUCAACUACCUAAACAACCAUAAUGGAGGCUUCUUCAGAUUCUUUGGACAACCACAAGUUCCGCAAAAACAACAAAAUUUGGAGCAAUUUUACAAUUAUCUUUCUGGACAGUAUGGAUUCCAACAGCAGACACAACAAAACUAUGGACUUCUAAAUCAGUUUAGUUAUGGCUUUCUACCCCAAAAUGGCAAUCUCUAUAAUCAGGGUUACACACAAAAUUCUUAUAGAAACAGCAACACUUCUGAAAGCGAGAUUGAAGAACGUAUACAAAACAAACCAGGAGUAAAUGUUUUAGAUGACAAUGAUGACGAUUUUUACGAAGAUCAAGAUAAAGGUUCAAAAUGGUCCUUCCCAGAUCAAGUAGAAACGAAAAAGCCGAAAUAUAUAGAAUACAAUAGAAUAAAUGAACCAGCCAGACCACCAAGGUCCAGUAAAACAUUAAAAUUUCCUGAUGAUAAAACGGAAAAUAGACUAGAAACUUACAGACCCAGAGAUUAUCCUAGGAAACAAAAGAAUAUAUUCUUUCCUGAACAAAAUGAUUAUCAAAUAAAUAACAACUAUCAAACGACGCCUGUAAAUCUUGGUGAAUAUAUUUUUGAUCAUAAACAUGGGUUUUAUGUAAAAAGACCGAAAGCCACAACUUUAAGAGAAGCAAAACCAACAGCGAACAAUAAUGAUAAUGUAGUUUACAUUGUAAGAGGGAAUGGUGAUCCCAAUCAUCCAGAAAUUGUUAAAGUUAGACCUGGACAGAGUAUCUAUACAUAGAGUGAAGUACGGAGCUGUCUCGAAUUGUCUAUAGAAGCAGUAGAUGUUUAACUG